CAGCGCUGCUCCAAAAGUCGGCGGCCCGGGUGUGGCGGCAAUGGCGGGGCCGGCGGGGGACUGGCCAGAGGCUGCCGCGGCGACCUCGGCCCGGAGCGUGCUGGGGGGCUACCGCACCUACGCCCGCCGGUGGGUCUUCCUGCUGGUGAUCAGCCUGCUCAGCUACUCCAACGCCACGCUGUGGCUCAGCUUCGCGCCCGUGGCUGACACGAUCGCUCGGCACUUCCUCCUCUCCACUGAGCAGAUCAACUGGCUAUCACUGGUCUACCUCGUGGUGUCCAUCCCGUCCGGUGUGGUGGCCAUCUGGGUUCUGGACUCUGUUGGACUCCGCUGGGCGACCACCUUAGGUGCGUUCCUGAACUUCUCGGGGAGCGUGAUCCGCUCCAUACCCUGCAUGGCCAUCGGCACCCAGGACCCGUUUGUCCUCCUCUUGAGUGGGCAGAGCCUCUGCGCCCUGGCCCAGACCCUGGUCAUCUUCUCUCCAGCCAAGCUGGCCGCCUUGUGGUUCCCUGAGCACCAGCGAGCCACAGCCAACAUGAUCGGCACCAUGUCGAAUCCCCUGGGUAUUCUGGUGGCCAACCUGCUGUCUCCCAUCCUUGUGAAGACGGAGGAGGACAUCCCCUUGAUGCUAGGCACCUACAUCCUCCCUGCCGGCCUUGCCUUCCUGCUGGCCACUGCAUGCCUCUGGGAGAGUGUGCCCCCCACCCCGCCCUCUGUGGGGGCUGCCCAGUCCACCUCGCUGUCGUUCCUGGCCGGGCUGAAGCUGCUCACAAGGAACAAGGCCUACAUCAUUCUGGCCGUGUGCUUCGGGGGUGGCAUUGGCAUCUUCUCCAGCUUCUCGGCCCUCCUGGAGCAGGUCCUCUGCGUGAACGGCUACUCCAGCGAAUUUGCGGGCCUCUGUGGGGUUUUCUUCAUCACGUUUGGAGUCUUGGGGGCAGUGGCUCUGGGCCUGUACGUGGACAGGACCAAGCACCUCACCGAGGCCAUCAAGAUCGGCCUCUGCCUGACGUCUCUGGCCUGCGUGGCCUUUGCUGUGGUGUCCCAGCUGCAGGGACAGACCAUUGCGCUGGCUGCCAUCUGCUCGCUGCUGGGGUUCUUCGGCUUCUCGGUGGCACCCGUUGCCAUGGAGCUGGCGGUCGAGUGCUCCUUCCCCGUGGGUGAGGGCACAGCCGCAGGACUGGUCUUCGUGCUGGGGCAGGCCGAGGGCGUUCUCAUCAUGGUGCUGCUGACCUCCCUGACCGUGCGCCACGCGGAGCCGUCUGUCUCCACCUGCCGGGAUGGCCAGGGCCCACUGGACUGGAAGGUGCCCAUGCUGCUGAUGGCCGGCCUCUGCGUCCUCUUCAGCUGCCUCCUGGUGCUCCUCUUCCACACCCCGUACCGGCGCCUGCAGGCCGAGGCUGAUGCCAGCCCCUCCAUUCAGGAGGACGAACGCCCAGCAACUGCAGCAACCCUGGACCACGUGCCCUACCUGGCAGCCACGCCCUGAGGUUCCACCGCAGCACCCUGGCCCCCAGCAGCCCCUUCCUGAAACUGGUGCUCCUGGCCCUGCAUCCUUACUCUUGGGAACCCUCCAAGACGUCUCAGGGGCCAGGCAGAGGGCCAGAGGCUGGAGAGCAGUUGGCAUGAGAUAAAGAGGACCUGGGGAUGUGAAGGGGAGGCAGGGACGUGGGCUCUGGUCCCUCUGGCUGGACCUGUCACGACUGAGGCUGGGAUGACGCUGGCAUCCUGGGGGACCCAGGGUCAUGGCAGCGGGGCCCAGAGGAUUCUCUGUGGCCGUAGCAAGAAAAGCUUCUGCUGUGCAGACAGGCCACUGACCAGGGGUACCCCAGCGGCCAGACCAGGCCCAGGGUGGCUGCUGCAGGGGCUGGCCUGGCACCAGGGGCCCAGGGUGAGGGGGAACCGAGUGGGUGUGGGAUUCCGAGGGCCCCAGUUUGGCUGGGUGUGGAGUGGACAGGUGUGAGGAAGGCCUUCCUCGAAGGAGCCCAGACCAGAGCCACCUCUGCUGACCACUGAGUGUCCAGCCCUCCAGCCUGGUGCCAGCAUAGAUGGGCAGAGCAGGUGGGGCCAGGCUGGGCAGGAGGCAGAGGGUGGGCCCCAGGCAGACACUGCUACUCCCUGAAGACCCUCCUGCCCCCAGGGGGUUACCCCCACCCCAGACCUUCUUCACCCCACGGACACUCCCACCCCUGGAGGACACCUCCGCCCAACAGAGACACUGUGGGUUCUGCCCACUGUUUGUGGGCAGAAGGUUUGUGGGUUUACGUUUAUUCAACUGGUCACAGCCCCGUGGGGCGGAGGUGUCCCUUACUCCUCUCCCCAUGAGUAAGCACAUGGCCCAGCACCUUGUAGUCAGAUUGCCUGUGGCAUUGCUGGUGGAGAACUGGAACAUCUGGUCGACCUGCGAGUUUGGUGGGGGCGGGGGGGUCAGGCCCAGGCUGGGGUGGAAGGAGUGGGAGGGUCCCCAAGGCUGCAGCCAGCAGGUGAAUUACAGGAACUGGACUCCA